GAGCAGGAGAAUUGUCUGAUUAGACCUCCGCGGGGGUCGUUUCUCUUUUUUUCGUCCUUUUUUCAGGAAAGUACACUUAGGAUUGAGAACGACGCCUCUUCUUUCUCCACGCCCUCCUCCUCCUCCUACUCCCCCAAUCCCUCCUCCGCCUCUUCGAUCUUUGCCGACACUGCUUUUUAUUCUCUGCUGCUUAGGCUUGUUUCAGCACUCUUAUUAGUUUUGGGAUAAUGAGAGGAAAGGGAGUAGCAUCUCCAAACUACUUUGUGUUGAAUACAGGCGCUAAGAUUCCUGCAAUAGGACUUGGAACAUGGCAAAGUGGGGGAGAUAUUUGCGUUGAAGCUGUGAGUAUGGCUCUUAAAGUUGGAUACCGUCAUAUAGACUGUGCCCAUCUUUAUGGGAAUGAGGCUGAAGUAGGAAAAGCCUUGGGUGAAGCUUUUGAUGGUGGACUUAAGAGGGAAGAUGUGUUCUUGACUUCAAAACUAUACUUUGCUACUAAUUCGCACACAAGGGUUGAGAACUCGGUGAGAGAUUCCUUGAAGAACCUUGGAGUGUCCUACCUGGAUUUAUAUCUGGUGCACUGUCCUGAAAUUUCAGCAUUUGGGGAUGCGACUGAUCCUCCAUGGAAAUCAGGGACUGAAUACCGUCAAUUCCUGCAACGGCUAAAACCUACAUGGAAGGCCAUGGAAGAUCUUGUCCAAAUGGGUCUUGUUCGGGCAAUUGGUGUUAGCAAUUUUAAUGUCCAUCAGAUUAGUGAGUUGCUUCAGUUUGCUAACAUUGUUCCUGCAGUCAAUCAGGUGGAGUUGCAUCCCUUUUGGAGGCAGGAUGAACUUGUAAAGUUUUGCCAAGUGAAAGGCAUUCAUGUUUCUGCUCAUACACCUCUAGGAGUUCCAACUACCAGUAUCAGUAUGUCAAAUAGCAGCCCUGCUUUGUCUGACAGUGGAUCAGAGGAUGAACCAGUGGUUGGAGAUAUUGCAGAACAUCAUGAUAAAACACCAGAACAGGUCAUUCUGAGAUGGGGACUGCAGAGAGGAACUAGUGUGUUGCCGUGCAGUCUGAGGCCAGAAAGAAUCAAGAAGAAUUUUGAUAUUUUCAAUUGGUCACUGUCGGAUGAAGAGUUGGACAAGCUGAACAAGAUUGAACCUCAAGUUUGUCUCUUCGUAAAUGGACCCGCACCUUCAUCUGAAAGCGGCUUCCUCUCUGGAAGCGGUCCUCUUCAAGCUGUGAAUGAAAUGGAAGACGACACUGAAUGCGAUACCUGACCCUUGUUCUUUUCUGUUGAACAUUGCAUCAAUCAAAACAUUGUUUUCCACUUUGGCCAUAUAGUGCACUGCAAAUCUAGUUAAGUUGCCUUGGUUUGUCAAUAGGGUUUGGUUUUGUUCCAGGAUUUCUGCAAAUUUGUACAUUAUGAUAUAAUAGUUUUCAGGAAAAAAAAAAAAUCAUUCCCAUGUGUUUGUUCA